UCAAUGCCACGUGAAACUCACACAACAACCAACAUUCAAGAACACCCCAGAAUCCUCCUCUUCCAUUCUCUCUCUAGAAACUUCUCUCUAAAUCCUAUAUAAACUCCCCCUUCAACUCCCGUAUCAUCAACAAAAAUUCACUCAAGCAUUUUCACAUACACUUUGCAAUCACAUCAAAAAUCUACCAAAAACCCACUUCAAAUCCAACCAAAAUUCAGCUCCCAAGAAAAAGAAAGAUGGAUUUCCGGUUCACAGGCUUAGACACACCAAUCAUCCACGCCCUCUCACACUUCCUCGACGCAGACGACUUCACAACCCCUUCGGCAGCAGACAAAUCAACCACAGGAUCAACCGCCCCAUCAAACGCCUACGUCCGUGACGCGCGUGCGAUGGCGCGAACCCCGGCUGACGUCAAAGAGUACCCGAACUCGUACCAGUUCAUCAUCGACAUGCCGGGGUUAAAGAGCGGAGACAUAAAAGUUCAGGUGGAAGACGACAACGUGCUGGUGAUCAGUGGAGAGAGAAAGAGGGAAGAAGAUAAAGAUGGGGUCAAGUAUUUGAAGAUGGAAAGAAGAAUUGGGAAAUUUAUGAGGAAAUUUGUGUUGCCUGAAAAUGCAAAUAUGGAGAAGAUUAGUGCAGUUUGUCAAGAUGGUGUGUUGACUGUUUCUGUUGAGAAGCUGCCUCCUCCUGAACCCAAGAAGCCUAAGACUAUUGAGGUUAAGGUUGCUUAAUUGUGGAUUAUCUUCAUCAUCGUGAAUAAACUAAUCUUGAUUAGUGGUGGUAAUAACUUAAUAAGUAAGGUUGUUUUUUUUUUUUUUUUUUUUUUUGUGGGGUGAGAUUUAGAGAUGUGGUGGGGUAGAAUUGCCCGUCAUUUUCUAUGUGUGAUGUAAUGGAUGGGAAUGAUGAUGAUGUAAUGUUGGAAUGAGAUUAUGAGUAAAAUGGAAAUGAUCUUUUUUCUUUCUCA